AUGCACCUUCCAACUCUCACCACGAUCCUCCUCUUCCUCCCCCAAAUCCUCGCACAACCCACCACCUGCAUCCAAGGUCCCCACUGCACAUCCUGCGGCUGGUUCUGCAACCAGGGCUGCGAUACCGCCCUGCUCGACAGCGCCGAGUGCGCGCGGUGUCUGUACUGCCGGCGCGAGAGCUCCGCCUGCGAAUUCGUCGAUGUAAGUCACACGUGGACCGCGGACCCGCCGAGUGCGGAGUUGUGCGAGGCUUGUGCGCGGGGAUGCUGGUGUCGUGGGGAUUGGUAUUGUAUGGAUGAUGGGACGGGGCCGCCGGAGGCUGGGAGUUCCCGUGUGAAGACUGGUACGGGGGAUGGGGAGGGGGUUUAG